AUGACUUCUAUGUGUCCACCACCUGAGAAAAUAAAAACUAAAGGGGGAGUCAAGAAAAAAGACAAAAAACCAGUAGGGUAUGAUGUUUAUAAAGACCCUUCGUAUCACGAGUCAUAUAUUGAUGAUGUAGUUAAUGUUGUAUCAGAUGGUAAUUGUGGAUUUAGAGUCAUUGCUUCAUUGCAUGGAUAUGAUGAAGAUGGUUGGCCAAUGGUUCGUCGAGACUUGGGGUUGGAAAUAAUACAUAAUGAAAGAUCAGGUUUGUAUGCCAAUUUAUUUACUGAUCAGUUAGCAGUAGUGAGAGAAUCUUUGAUGAUAGAGGAAUUUGGUCCUCAACCACCACAUAAAUGGUUAACUCUACCAGAUAUGGGUUACGUGAUAGCGAAUCGUUAUAAUGUUGUACUUGUCUGUUUAGGAAUUGAAUGCUGGACUUUCUUCCCUGUGACAACUUCAUUUUCACCAAAUGUAUCAAUUUACUGCAUUGGUUUUGGAAACAGAAAUCAUUGGGUUCAGGUAAACAUGAAAGAAGGGUUUCCAUUGCCACGAGUGACAGUAGAUUGGAAGAAGUUUCGUUCUCCAGCAGCAACAUCUUGGAUGCUAGGAUUUGCAGGACGUCUACAACAUUGGCAACAACUUACGCCUAUAUUACCAACGCAUUAUGAAUUUAUAAAUUAUGUUACUCAUUUUUAA